AGCUGCUGCUGUAUGGAUCUCUGACUGCGCUGGUGUUUCUGUCGUGGUGAUUGUGUAUCUGCAGUAAAAUGGCCAGUGUUUCAGUGGAUCAGUUCAGCUGUCCAGUCUGUCUGGAUGUCCUGAAUAAUCCAGUGACCACUCCCUGUGGACACAGCUUCUGUCUGGGGUGUAUUAAUGGCUGCUGGGAUCAGGAGGGUCUGAAGGGGGAGUACAGCUGCCCUCAGUGCAGACGCUCCUUCACUCCAAGACCUGUUUUAUCCAAGAAUGUGAUGCUUGCUGAAAUGAUGGAGAAACUGAAGAUCUCAGCACCUGCUGAGUUGGUGGAUUGUGACGCCUGCAUUGGGAGAAAACUCAGAGCCGUCAAGUCCUGCCUGGUGUGUCUGGCCUCGUACUGUGAGACUCACCUCCAGCCUCACUAUCAAUCUCCUGCCUUUAAGAAGCACAAGCUGGUCAAAGCCUCCAGACGCCUCCAGGAGCAGAUCUGCUCUCAGCAUGAGCAACGUCUGCAGGUUUACUGUCGUACUGACCAGCAGUGUAUCUGCAUGCUGUGUACCAUGGAUGACCAUAAAGGACACGAUACAGUGUCAGUUGCAGCAGAACGAGCUGAGAAACAGAAGAAGCUAUUGGAGACCAAGAGACAAUUCCAGCAGAAAAUCCAGGAAAGAGAGAAGGAGGUUGAGGAGCUGAAGAAGGCUGUGGAGUCUCAUAAGCGCUCUGCUCAGAGAGCAGUGGAGAACACUGAGAACAUCUUUACUGAACUGAUCAGCUCCAUUGAGCGAAGACACUCUGAGAUAUCAGAGCUGAUCAGAGCUCAGGAGAACGCUGCAGUGAGUCGAGCUGAAGGAGCCCUGAGGAGACUGGAGCAGGAGAUCUCUGAGCUGAGGAGGAGAAACACUGAGCUGGAGCAGCUUUCACUCACUGAGGACCACAUCCAUUUCCUCCAGAUUUUACAGUCUCUCUCAGUUCCUCCUGCAUCUCCAGAAUUAACAUUCAUCAAAUUCAGCCCUAUUCUGUCUUUAGAGGAGCUUCUAAACUCUGUGCUUCAGCUGGGGGAGAAAGUGGAACAGCUCUGUGAAGAGGAGUUCAAAAAGAUAUUAAGUGCAGGUAGGUAG